UAUUUAGAUAAAAAUAUUUAAAUUAAAAAAAUUAAAAAAAAAUAAAAAAUUCUCGUUUCCAACCACCACCUGCCAAUCACGUGCCAAGUUCGUCCAUAUAUACCACCAAGAAGACCCCUUUUCAUGCCCUCUCAAAACCAAAGGUCCAAAACGAAGAAAACAUAGAAAACAAAGAAGACAUAUAUAGAGAUAUAGAGGGACAAUGCUGGGAAAGAGCUUCCAACUGUGUUUCUCCCGCCUGAAGCGAAAUUCCUCUUCUACCCCUGAACAUACCCUAAAUCCCCAUCAUACCCCUCCUUCUUCUUCUCUUCCUUCAACCUCCUCCUCCUCCUCGUCCUCCAUCGUCUUCAAGAACUUCAACUCUCUCUACGACCCGUUAACAGCCACAUCCGAAUCCGAUACCCUCUUUAACGGAUCCACCUCCGCCUCCGCCUCCGAAUCCGAAACCCAGCUCGAUCUCGCCACCGCCAUCGCCUCACGCCGCCUCUUCCCCUCGGCUCCCGGCCCCUCUAACUCCAUCGUCGACUCCGCCGCCGUUCCCAUCGGCUCCUCCGGCUCAGCCUCCGGCCUCGCCGUCCCCACCUACUCCCCCGACCCUUACGCUGACUUCCGUCGAUCCAUGGAGGAGAUGGUCGCCGCCCUCGGCUUAGGCCUCGCCGGCCGCGCCGAGCUCCAGGAGCUCCUCCUCUGCUACCUAGCCCUCAACCGCCGCCACGCUCACAAGUACAUCGUCGGCGCCUUCGCUGAUCUCCUCGUCGGACUCUCCGCCGCCUCUGGAUCCAAACCCGAUAAGAGGUCACCCUCUUUUGAGAUGUAACGGAUUCGGGUUUCCUUCUUCUUCUUCGGAGCUCGAUCCGAAAAACGAUGCCCUUGAGUUCCUUCCAUGUUUUAUUUUUUUUUUGGCUACCCGUUUUGGUUUAAUAUGGAAAUGGUUAAAUGAUGUUGUGUAAUGUUUUAAGUUAAUCUUUGCAGGAUCAUUGUUG